AUGGCUGCCAACUUCUCCAACCUUCCUGACGACGUGCUUCACGACACCCUCCUCUGUAUGUGUGACUUCCACGACCUCGGCGCCACAAUCCGCGUCUCCAAGAACGUGUACGACGUCUUCAACUCCCGCAAACGUCUCGUCGUCCGCGCUGUAUUGCAGAACGUAGCAGGCCCGGCAUGGGUCCAGGCAGCCCGCUUCGCCCACAUCAGGCUUUAUGGACCUUUCACAGACGACCCACCACUCCCCGAAGAGAGUUACUUUGAAGACUUGGACUGGGCGCCAUCGCGCGAUAUUUUGCGUCGCAUGAAAUAUACUCAAGAAGUGCGCUACCUGCAAGCGUUCUAUAGCCAACGAAACAAGGAUCGCAAGUCCCUGCAGAGCAUGUUAGAUUCCGUGGAAGCAAUGAGGUUUGACAGAGCUCUGUAUCGCUUGUGGCUCUGGGCCGCUCUCUAUGAAGAUUUCAUCGACCUAUACCGCGGCGGGUUCGAUGAGGAUGAUGACGACGACGACGACGACGACGACGGCUACGACAACCGUAAGCACAAACAGGCGCAUGCCCAAGUCACACAACUUUUCCAGAGUUUGCCCACCGAAGAGUUACUGGAAGCCAUCCAUAUCGGCUCAUAUCUCCAAGAGACGGUGGGCUGGCUCGGCGUCGUACACGCAAACUACAAAUACCGUCGAACCCUCCCUGAGGGCGUGCUUGCCGGCAUCCAGGCAGCGGUGCGGGUCAGCAGUCACUCGGACGUCCCUGAUUUCACCAGUCUUGUGAGACCCUUGCUCUCCUCCCGGAAGGUCAAGAAGGAGACGAUAGACGAGUAUGAAACUUCGCCAACAACCAUCCUGUCCACCGUCGCUGGCCGCAAGGAUACUUGCACCCGUUGUGGAGCCUCAGGCGGUACCAGGCUCAUAGGCUCUCCAAACGCCUGGAUUAUUGCGGGAGAGUGCAGGCUACAAGAUCGCAAGCUCCUCCCGGGGCUUCUGAUGAGCAACCAGUGGGAGUGCGACGCGAUGUAUGGCCACCUGUGGCAUGAGAACGGAGGCAAGGCCGUCGACGAGGCCGCGCUCUUUCAUGAGAUGGUCGACCUCGACAUGGGCCCGGACGCGGAGUCGUGGUCGAAGGACGGGUGGUACUGCCGCGAGUGCUUUUGCGAGCUCUAUCGGCAGCGCUUCAUGCAAUGGUGGAAGGUCACCAAGGAGAAGAAUGGUGCCCCUGUGCUUGAUGAUUGCUGGUACGGCUACAAUUGCCGCACGAUGACCCACAGAGAAGCGCAUGCGACGAAGCUAAACCGCCUUCCACAAGACCACCAUCAUCUCGUUGGUACCGAGGCCAGUCCGAAGGCUUCGCCGGCGAUCCGCCACAGCGGUCCCGUAGACGGGCUACUCACCUCGCGGUUCCCCUUUCCCACUGCACGGACCACGACAAUGAUGCCUGCAAAUUACUCCGCCCUCCGAUUCUGGAGCCUCAUCCACAAGAUCCUCACACACGUCCCCGGCUUUUCCCCCGUUGCCACCGCCAUCCGCGUCUGUAAACGGACAUCCCAGGUCUUUACGGUCCACAAGCCGCGGCGCUGCAUGCCGCCCAUCCGCCCCGCGUUCGCGCCCGCCGUCCGCCUCGCCCACCACCACCUCACUGCUCAGCGAGGACGGCACGGCGACGUCCGCGCGCGGCGCUCCCCGACUCCGAGGCGCGACGCUUCGCCGAUCCAGCUGAGAUAG